AUGACGGAGAUUGGCAUUACGUUGAUUGACCUACAGAGCGAGAUACAUGCCCUUAGAAAAGAGCAGAGAAACGAGAAAGCCAGGAGACAGCAACAGAUUGACCGCAAUGAGGCCAUGUUCAAAGAUCUUGUUGAUGCCUACAUGGGGAUGGCUACAACGGUAAAAGAACUCAAGACGGAAGUCACCAGCAAGAUACAGCACGAUAUAACCAAAAUCCACGAGAAGCUGGACAGGAUAGCAGGGACAUAUGAUGUCAGGACACAUACUACCGCAAAGAAGGAUCGGCCGGUUUCGAGGUCGACCUCAGCUAAGAAAAGUGAGGGCAUCGGGGCGGUUACCAGAACUGGACGAUCUACUAUCAACCAAACCGCUAAGGCUUUAAACUCACAGAACCCCCUACCAUGGAACACGGUAGCGGGUGGGCGAAACACGAGCAUCAGGGUGGGCCGCAGGAACGAUGCCAUUGUGAUCAACGAGACUCCUGU